AUGGGCAGGAAGAAGAAGUCUCGGGUAAUCGUCCAGGAGUUCGACGACUACUUCGGUACCGGCACGCUCCAGGACUGGCAGCGCCUCUGUCGGGAUGUCGGCCUCAGCGGGGACCUCCCAAGCAUCUCCCAGUGUCGGAAGGCGCUAAAGACCGUUCACGUUAACAUCCACGACCUCCUCGAGGCCGUCAAGCACGGCAAGCAGCCACAGCGGUUUCCUAAUGUCCAGAAGCUGGUGCACUACACGAUGAGGACUGGCAGAUUCUUUCCGAAGGACAAGGUUAAGGAGAUGGGGCCGGUCAAGGCGCUGAUGCGGCGGAUCCUGUGA